AUGACAGAAACUAAGGACUCAGGUCCAAAGCAAGACAUGUCUGAAGAAUCAUCCCAGGGAACAAUGGAGAGACUCAUAAGUAAUGAUCCUUGGAAUCCCAUAUUGGGAGAAGCUUGGGAAUGGAAUAGCUGGUUUGGAAGCCAGCAGAACAACCAGAAUAGACUUUUGAAACAAAUGAUUUUAACCCACAAGAAAAUUCCAUCUAAAGAGAGAGACCAUGAUGAAUAUAAUGAAUUUGGGGAGAAUUUCAAUCUAAGAACAAUUCUUACUCAACAGAAGGUUACUUCAGAAGAUCCACUCUAUGAAUAUAAGACACAUAGAAAGAGCUUUAAGCAGAAUUCAAACCUAAUUAAAAGAGAGAGGCCCUACAAAUGUCAUGAAUGUGGGAAAGCCUUCAUUUAUUGCUCUGUCCUUAUUCAACAUCAGAGAAUUCAUACUGGAGAAAAACCUUAUAAAUGUAAUGAAUGUGGAAAAGCCUUCAGUUGCUAUUCAAUUCUUAGUCGACACCAGAAAACUCAUACUUCAGAUAAACCUUAUAAAUGUGAUGAAUGUGGAAAAACCUUCAGCGGAAGUACCUACCUUACUCAACAUCAGAAAAUUCACACUGGAGCAAGACCUUAUGAGUGCAGUGAAUGUGGAAAAGCCUUCACUCGGAAUUCACACCUUACCAAACAUCAAAUAAGUCAUACUGGAGAGAAAUUCUAUGAAUGUCAUGAUUGUGGUAAAGCUUUCAGUAGCUACUCAUAUAUUAUUAAACACCAAAGAACUCAUAACGGAGAAAGACCUUAUAAGUGUAAUGAAUGUGGGAAAGCCUUCAGCCAAAGUACACACCUUUCUUGGCAUCAGAAAAUUCAUACUGGUGAGAAACCCUAUAAAUGUAAUGAAUGCAGGAAAGCCUUCAGUGAUAUCUCACCUCUUAUUGUACAUCAGAGAUGUCAUACUGGAGAAAAACCUUAUAAAUGUAAUGAAUGUGGAAAAGCCUUUAGCCAGAAUAUACAUCUUAUUCACCAUCAGAGAAGUCAUACUGGAGAAAAACCCCACAAAUGUAAUGAAUGUAGAAAAACCUUCAGUGACUAUUCAGCCCUUGUUGUGCAUCAGAGAACUCAUACUGGAGAAAAACCUUAUAAAUGUAAUGAAUGUGGAAAAGCCUUCAGCCGAAGUACACACCUUACUCGACAUCAGAAAGUUCAUGCAGUAGAAAAAGCCUAUAAAUGUAAUGAAUGUGGUAAAACCUUUAGUAAACAUUCAUCUCUUAUUCAACAUCAGAUUAUUCACAGUGAAGGGAGACCCUAUGAAUGUAACAUGUGUGAGAAAGCCUUUAGUUACUACUCAGGCCUUUUUCGACAUCAGAAAAUUCACAGUGGAGAAAAACAUUUUGAGUGUGGUGAAUGUGGAAAAGUCUAUAGCAGCAGUUCAUAUUUUAAUCAACACCAGAGAAUUGAUCCUGGGAAGAAACCUUUUGAGCGUGGUAAAUAUGGGAACACUUUUAGCCAGAAUGAAUAUAAGGAAAUAUUUGAUGCCUAUUCAGGUGUUAUUGUAAAAAAGAAAAUAUGA